AUGGCAACUGUCAAGGGUGAACUUGUUAAGAAUGUCGCUGAAGAGAAGGCCAUUCAUCACAAUAAGAUCUCCAUUGUAGGAAGUGGAUCGGUUGGUGUGGCUUGUGCUAUCAGCAUCUUAUUAAAAGGUUUGAGUGAUGAACUCGUCCUUGUGGAUGAUGAUGAAGGCAAACUGAAGGGUGAGACAAUGGAUCUUCAACAUGGCAGCUCCUUUAUGAAAAUGCCAAAAAUUGUCUCCAGCAAAGAUUACCUGGUCACUGCAAACUCCAAUCUAGUUAUUAUCACGGCAGGUGCACGCCAGAAAAAAGGAGAAACACGCCUUGAUUUAGUCCAGCGAAAUGUGUCCAUCUUUAAAUUAAUAAUUCCCAGUAUUACCCAAUACAGUCCUCACUGCAAACUGCUUAUUGUUACUAAUCCAGUGGAUAUCUUAACUUACGUAGCCUGGAAAUUGAGUGCAUUUCCCAAAAACCGUGUUAUUGGAAGUGGCUGUAAUCUGGACUCUGCUCGUUUUCGUUACUUUAUUGGGCAAAGGCUUGGCAUCCACUCUGAAAGCUGUCAUGGGCUGGUCCUCGGAGAGCACGGUGACUCAAGUGUUCCUGUGUGGAGUGGUGUGAACAUUGCUGGUGUCCCUCUGAAGGAUCUGAACCCAGAUAUAGGAACUGAUAAAGAUCCUGAGCAGUGGGAAAAUGUCCACAAACAAGUGGUUUCCAGUGGCUAUGAGAUGCUCAAAAUGAAAGGUUAUACUUCUUGGGGCAUUAGCCUAUCUGUUGCUGAUUUAACAGAAAGUAUUUUGAAGAAUCUUAGGAGAGUGCAUCCAGUUUCUACCCUAAGUAAGGGCUUCUAUGGAAUAAGUGAAGAAAUAUUCCUUAGUGUCCCAUGUAUCCUGGGAGAGAAUGGUAUCGCAGACCUUAUAAAAGUAAAACUGACACUUGAAGAGGAGGCCUGCUUGCAAAAGAGUGCAGAAAUACUUUGGGAAAUUCAGAAGGAGCUCAAGCUUUAAAGUUGCUUAAAGCUACCAUUCUGUAGAUUGAAGAUGAAAUAGUCGUUAUGGAAUUGUAUAUGUCAAACUUUCAAAUAAAUUUGAAUUCUAAAAGUUGGAAAAAUAGAGGAAAGUGAUCUAUUUAGUGUAGCCUUCCAGCUUUUUUCUUUUUUUUGGGUCUAAUUCUGUCACCCAGGCUGGAGUGGCACUAUCACAGCGCACCACAACCUCAACCUCCCAAGCUCAGGUGAGCCUCCCACCUCAGCCUCCAGAGUA